AUGUCGCUUCCUGCUGAUGUCAAGCUCACUAUCCACCGUCCGAGCGAGCCCCAUGCCAAACAAGCGAUGAUAGUUCGGAUGUCCACGGAAGUUCUCAAUGCUCUCCAAGCCAAUCCUCGAAUGCAGUUUUCUUUUGGGCCAAAACCAGGUAUCAUCAUUGGCGACACCACCUUUCCUAUGCGUGCUAUGAAGGAGAACUCUCACCACGACCUUUACCUUCGGGCCCCAUCUGCUGCGAAGCCACUGGCUCCUCUGAAACUAUAUGCAAACAUCACCGGGAAAUUCACCGUUGAACGUGAUUUGAACACUGUUCAGAAUGAAAUUCGCUCCGCAACCCAGAACAUGGAGAAGUCACGUUCAGAGCGAGCAACAAUCAUCCUCAACGCUCCGCCUCCAGAUGUCACGCAAGCAAGUCGAAAGAAGAAGAAUGGUCCUCCUAAAAAGCCCGUUCCUCGAUCUUCUGUGCCAACUCGUGUCCCAUCCCCUCUACCCCCACCAUCCGUAACACCGCUACAACGGGUAGCGUUAAUCAAAGCUCUUGCAAGCAAAGAACGGGGCAAUGAUGAGCUCUUUAAUAUGUUCUCUAGUGAUGCCAGCCCGGCAAUUCCGCGAAAAACCCUCCAAACACUUCUGGACCAAAUAGCUGAGCAGCACACCCCGGCCAACUCUAUCACUCUUUGGCGUCUCAAGCCCAGAAUAUGGACCGAGGUACGGCCGUAUGAAUGGCAUGACUUACCAAAAGAGGUCACGGAGCACAUUGCUCGAACUGCCCGAUUUGCUUUUGGUAAUCUCAACAUCCCAGACACUGACCCAGUCUGGGUGCAUGUGCGAUUCCGCAACGGCGAAACCUCUACAAUAACUGCGGUUUCUAAAGUUGAUCCUCCAAAGCGGGGGUUGUCUUCUAAAGAGGCCAAGGAGAAGAAGAUGAAGCCAAAAGCAAACCCGAAGGCCGAGAUGAUGAUACGAGAUCAGACAAUGCCGGGUCCAUCUACAACCCCAAAAGUCGAACAACGCAUGCAGAAAGAGCCUGGUUCUGGUUUCAAAGCGUCGAAGACUGCUGGUGUCGACAUUUCGCUCCCAUCUUCCUCUAUGCGACCAAAACCAGUUGAUCCACGCCGAGAAGUCUCAUCCACGAAGGCCGUUGAGGACAAGAAGGCAAUUACACGAGUCAAAACAAAGGCGCCUGAUGAUGAAAUCGAGGUGAAGGAUUCGUUGAAACGUAAGAAGCCAAUCGAUGGUGCUAGUGCUCCGGCACAAGCCAAGCGUCGUAAAACGGAGCCUCCUCCCCCCAUGCAACGAGAUCUUUCUUUGCCCAAGAAACCCGAUGUUUCCACUACAAGCAAACCAAGCAAAGCUGAUUCAUCUCUCGCCCGGCCCUCUCAUAAAUCCAAAUACGAAAGUGCGACUGUCCCUCCUACCCGGCCUUCCUUACCUACCUCCCGACCACCUAUAACUGCACCAUCUACUUCAAUUCGAAGUCAGUCUGAGUCGACGUCAACAAGUAAGGCAGGCUCGCAUCGCUCAAGCCAGACAAGCCAGCCGAAACGACGAGAUCGCCGUUCGCCCAUAUAUACCUCUUCUGAAGAUGAAGGAGAACCUCCUUCGCGGAAGGAGACCCCCCUUCCAACUCCACCGUCAACAACAUCACACCGUCAACGUCCUCCACAGCCCAUAAACAAUCGGCCAGCUCUGUCAGCUACUCCUCGCACCGAUCGAGACAGUCUUCGUGCGAGUUAUAAAGCAACCUAUCGAAAAUAUCUGUCGAGCUACCAACAGCUUUAUGCACAACAGAGCAAACUGGAGAGUUUGAGAGAUGGGCAUUCGGACUCGGAGGUUGACAUUGAGGUGUUGAGCGCCGAAGAGACUAUGAGGCUCAAGGCAGACUUCAACCGUUGGGAGAAAGAGCUGGUCAAUAUUCGCAGUAUGUUUGAGCGAGGUAGCUCCAAAUCAGAUUGA